AUGUCUCUGGUCUACUUGAAAGCUUUGAUGUGUGUCUGGGGUAUUUUCUGGAAUGUGCUCAUUAUCUCUGCCAUUCUGAAGGAUCGUGUUCUCCGGAACUCGUCUACAUUCCUUCUGUUGUCACUCCAUUUCUUCGCAUCUACUAUAGAUGUUGGGUCCCGUCUGGUGUUUGACGUGCCAUCCGAGAUCUUGAAUCGCCCACUGUUCCGCCUAUCCGUCAACUACGAUGACUUCCCAACCAAAUCGUUCCAUUUCACCACAUACUCCUGUUGGUUUAUCCAGCUCUACUCGUUGAUCGCAAUAGCUGCUUCUCACAUUUUGGCGGUGUACGGAACUAUUUACUAUGCUCGUUUUACCCAAAAGAAAACCAUCAUUGCCAUCGUUGGAAUCGUUCUCUUAUCCAUGUUGUCCGUCUGUUACCUAUGGUCUCCAAACUUCCCAAUUCUUUUCCAUCCGGAGUUCUGGGGGUGGACUGAAGAACGGAACUGGCCAUUGGUCAAUUUUUUCUUCUACCUUAAUUAUGUCGUACAGGGAAUUGUUUUCUUCUGUCUGGCACUGACUGAUAUACUGAUUGUUUACAAGUUGAGCACUAUCAAGGAAUCCGUGUUCUCUGAGAAAAGUGUUACCGUCGCCCCACCACAAAUGAUGGAAAAGAUGCAGGUGUCGGUGGUGAACAGUGGCACUGCUGCAUUGGCUCCACGACGUACAACUCGAGUAUCAACCGAACUGAAAGUAUCCAUCAACUUCAUCAUCGUCUCCUUGUUUCUUCUUAUUCAAACGCUCAUCUACAAUAUUUGUACACUAUACGAAGACAACAAACUCUGCCUCUUCCUGCUUUUCAUUGCACCCAUUUUCCGGGGAAGUAAAUGUCUCGCGUACUUGGUCUCCGGAAGUGCACUUCGUAAUGCGAUAGUCAAUUUGGUUUUGUGUCGGAAGCAGUUCUAA